CUCCUCCACCCAACCCAAUCCAAAUCCAUAAUUCACUCUCCACCCAAAAUCCAAUCCCCACACUUUCUCUAUUCUUAAUUUCCCUCUUCACAAACAGCACAUUCUUUCUCUCAUUUGUAUCCCCAUUAUCUUCUCUCUCUUCAUCUCUUUUUUUAUUCAGCAUCACAAUUCCACAAACAUGGCUGCUGCAGUAAGUGCCGCAGUCUCCCUCCCAUCCUCCAAGUCUUCUUCCCUUCCAACGCGAACCUCUCUCAUCUCACCAGACAGAAUCAACUUCAACAAGGUCCCUUUGCCCUUAUACAGAAAUGUCUCUGCAGGUGGGAAAGUGGUUGUUUCUAUCAGAGCCCAGGUCACAACUGAGGCUCCUGCAAAGGUUGAGAAGAUUUCCAAGAAAAUGGAGGAAGGUGUGGUGGUGAACAAGUUCAGGCCCAAGGAUCCAUACGUUGGUAGAUGCCUUCUUAACACUAAGAUCACUGGUGAUGAUGCUCCAGGCGAAACUUGGCAUAUGGUCUUCAGCACUGAGGGAGAGGUCCCCUACAGAGAAGGGCAAUCCAUUGGUGUAAUUGCAGAUGGUGUUGACAAGAAUGGGAAGCCUCACAAGCUAAGGUUAUACUCAAUUGCUAGCAGUGCUCUUGGUGACUUUGGAGACUCCAAAACAGUGUCAUUGUGUGUGAAAAGGCUUGUGUACACCAAUGACCAAGGAGAAAUAGUUAAAGGAGUUUGCUCAAACUUCUUGUGUGACUUGAAGCCCGGAGCUGAAGUUAAGGUCACCGGACCUGUUGGGAAAGAAAUGCUUAUGCCUAAGGAUCCCAAUGCCACCAUUAUAAUGCUUGGAACUGGAACUGGAAUUGCUCCUUUCCGCUCAUUCUUAUGGAAAAUGUUCUUCGAGAAGUAUGAUGAUUAUAAGUUCAAUGGUUUGGCAUGGCUCUUCUUGGGUGUCCCUACAAGUAGCUCGCUGCUCUAUAAGGAAGAAUUCGAGAAAAUGAAGGAGAAGGCCCCAGAAAAUUUCAGGCUUGACUUUGCUGUGAGCAGAGAGCAAACUAAUGAGAAAGGCGAGAAGAUGUACAUCCAAACAAGAAUGGCUCAAUAUGCAGAAGAGCUAUGGGAAUUACUCAAGAAGGAUAACACCUAUGUUUAUAUGUGUGGGCUUAAAGGCAUGGAAAAGGGUAUUGAUGACAUAAUGGUUUCAUUGGCUGCCAAAGAUGGCAUCGAUUGGAUGGUCUACAAAAAGCAAUUGAAAAAGGCAGAGCAAUGGAAUGUUGAAGUCUACUAGUGCUUUCUUUCCUGUACAAAUAUCGUAUAUGAUUUCCUCGCAUUCUGUAGAUAGGUAACCUCUUUUGUAAUCCAUUCCUCUUCUUUUUUCUUUUUUCUUUUUUCUUUUUUGACUUAUAAAGGAAUUGUAUCAUUGUGGCCUCUCCGAAAUUUUUUUUGAGAGCAUGUAUCAAAAAUAUAGUGGAAACCAACAUCAACCUUUUUGGAUGGAUUGUCAAUUUGAUAUUUGUUUCUCAA